AUGACGAGGAAAGUACUAUUCCCUCAGCUCCAGGGUGGCCAUGGCACCAACCGCGGAAAUCCAGAGCCAAAACCAGCUUCUAAAGAAGACCCCGACCAGCGCCCCGUGUGCACUUCCAUCGGCAAACAGCAGCGGCAGCAGCAGCAGCAGCAUCGUUGGGAAACGCUCCUCUUCAUGCGGCCCAAGUCCAAGCUGGCGACGCACAUCGUCCCUGCAGCGCACGGGUUCGCGUUCGAAGUCAAGGCGUCUUCUCACUUCCGCAUCGUCGAUCUCGAGGGUCAGCAGGUCGUCGACUUCAUGGCGUGGGCGCUGCCGUACACCCGGUCCACCGACUGCGAGCACUUCAGCGCCAGCUACACUCGCUACGCCCUGGGAGGGCUCGCCGCGCCGCAGGAAGGCGAGUGUCUGUACAGCAAUCGCGACCGGAAGAUGUUCACCCUGGUAGCCGACACGGUCAGGACGCACGAUCUGCUGUUCAUGGCGUGCAACCCGGGGUUCUACUCUCGCCAGGGACAGCCCGAUCAUCGCUCGUGCGCGACCAAUUUCGCCGAGGCCAUGGCGCCAUGGGGUAUGGAGCACUGGAGCGACGUCAUCGACCCGUUCAACGUGUUCCAAAACACCCCCUACUACACCCUGAAGGCUCUGAACAGCUCCAAGCCGGGAGACUACGUCGAGAUGCGCGCCGAAAUGGACACCGUCUGCGCCGUGUCCAGCUGUCCGUACACGGGCGGCGGGUUCAACGGUGGUAACGUUACCAGGGUGGCGGUCGUGACCGAGGUUGUCGAGGAUGAGGAUUGA